CCUGCCCCAGGGGUGAGAGGGGGCUCUUUGGGGCGCUCCUGGGAGGGCUGGCUGGAGCCUCUGCUGCCCGCCCAGCUGGCCAGGAUGGCGGGGCUGGCAGCGCCUGGGGUGGCACUGAUACCUGGUCCCUGGAGAAACCACACCACUGCAGAGAAACGUCUGACCAGGAGGAGGGCGGCGUGUGGAAGAGCGCUGGUGCUGAGGACGGAACACCCGGCAGACAGCAGGAAGGAGGAGCGUCUCAAGGCAUCGGUGGAGGAGGGGAGGGGCUCCAAAGACAAACGACCCGUCGCCUCAACCCCAGUUCCCGGGUCGCCAUGGUGCGUGGUCUGGACAGGAGAUGACAGAGUCUUCUUCUUCAACCCCACCAUUCAGCUGUCUGUCUGGGACAAGCCCAUGGACCUCCAGGACCGUGGGGAUCUCAACAGGAUCAUAGAAGAUCCCCCUCACAAACGCAAGAAGGAUUCCAGAGAUGGCUCUGGUUCUCUCUCAGCGGAUGAGGAAGAUGAGGAUGAAGAGGAGCAGAGCUCCAAAACCAAGAGGAACAAGCUGGAGGAACCUUGUGCAUGUGCAGAGGGGCUGGAGGAGACGGAGGACCAGAAAGGGGACGGACCUUCCUCCCAUCCAACUGUCCUGCCGUUAGAGCUCCGCAUCACACACUUCAGAGAAAUGCUGCUGGAGAGAGGGGUGUCAGCCUUUUCCACGUGGGAAAAGGAGCUUCACAAGAUUGUGUUUGACCCUCGCUACCUACUGCUCUCCUCAGAGGAGAGAAAACAGGUGUUUGAUCAGUUUGUUAAGGCCAGGAUUAAAGAGGAGCACAGAGAGAAGAAGUUCAAACUGCUGCAGGCUAAAGAGGAGUUCAGGAAGCUUCUAGAAGAGGCCAAGAUGUCUGCCCGGUCCACAUUUAAGGAGUUCUCAGAGAAGCAUGGCAGAGACCAGCGCUUCAGGCAGGUGCAGAAGAAGAAGGACCAGGAGCUGUUCUUCAACCAGUUCAUCUCCUCGCUGAAGAAGAGAGACAAGGAGAACCGUCUCCGACUGAGGAAGAUGAGGUGAGGAUGAGGAGAAUCAACCUCUUGAGACUGGAGCAAGACGGUUCCUGUUCUGACACAUAGCAACAGACAGAACCUUCCUUGUAAGAACCGUUACCACAGUGGAACCUCCAUAGAACCAGGCAGGAC